CCCUUCUUCGACCUCACCGUCUGUCCCGCGUCUUCCAUAUUCUUUCUUCGUGCGAUGGCUGGUUCCACGUCCGAGCCAAAGGGCCCAACAGACAGUUCGCUCCGCGUUGAGAGGUUCGGCGAUUAUCCACUCGAGCUGUGGUGGUCCGUCGCCAUCUUCAUGUUCGUCGUCGGCGUCUUCAAUUGGGGCUCGUACAUCCACUCGAAGCUGAGCCGGUCAAGACGGUCUACCGAUAUCGAAAGUGGUGCUCCCUCACCGUCGCGAGGAUUUUCUAUCGGACGAAUUCCCGUCAUGCUCCUCAAUGUCUUUCGGGUUAUCGCCUACCGGUGGACACUCGACAUCGGCAAAUUCUACUCCUUCAGCGUGGCGGAGCUGUUCGUCACCGCUGGAUACAUUGCUCUGUUGUAUACGUUUGAGUUCAUCAACACUACCGAUCUCGAAGGUGUCCACUACGACAUCAAGUACUGGAGUAACCGAGCAGCGCUCCUUGCCUCCAGCCAGAUCCCGUUGCUCGCGGCUUUGGGCACAAAGAAUAGUUUCGUCACUCUGGUGACCGGAAUUAGCUAUGAUCAGCUCAACUACAUGCAUCGGGUGAUGGCGCGUGCGGUCAUGUCCAUGCUAUGGAUUCAUGCGGGAAGCGAGGUGUAUAGCUUUGCUCCAUUCCAGGAGGAGCUGAAGGAGCCAUGGCUGCGCAUAGGUAUUACAGCCCUCACCGCCCUGACGGUCCUCACCGUGAUAUCCCUUCGCCCUCUUCGUUCCCGGUUCUAUGAGUUCUUCUUCUACUCGCACAUGUUGCUUGUCUUCAUCUUCCUUCUAGGCGGGUUCUUCCAUGUCAAAGCGCAACACGGUUACUACUGGAUAUGGCCCGCCUUCAUUUUCUGGGGCCUCGAUCGCGUCGUCCGUUUCGCCCGCCUGGUCAUCUUCAAUCACUCCUACUUCGGCUUCAAAUCCGGUAGCGGCACCAUGGACGCGACCGCGGAGCUGAUCUCUGACACCCUUGUGCGCGUCCGCAUGAAGCGCCCCUCUCACUUCCACUGGUCCCCUGGCCAGCAGGCGUUCCUCAUCAUGCCGUCCGUCUCGAAGCUCCCAUUCGAGGCUCACCCAUUCACCAUCGCGAGCAUCGACUCGAGCUUGUUCCAGCCGGAGCAGUUUGACGAGAACGAAAAGUCGAUCUCUUCGCUCUGGAAGGAAGUCGUGUUCCUUGUGAACAUUCGCGGAGGCUUCACAAAGCGCCUCGGCGAGGUCGCUGCCUCUAACGGUCAAAUGAGAGUGUUUAUCGAUGGACCUUACGGCCCUUCGCCCGAGUUUGGGUGCUUCGACACGUGCGUGCUUGUCGCCGGUGGCUCGGGCGUGUCGUACACGCUCCCUGUCCUCCUGAACAUUGUCGAGAGUGCUCGGAACAAUGUCAGCAAGUGCACACGCGUCGUCUUCAUCUGGUCCAUACGCGAUGCCAGUCACAUUCAAUGGAUCGAGCAAGCGCUCAUCAAAGCCGUACAGCUCGCCCCAUCCUCCCUCUCCCUCUCAAUCCGCAUUCACGUCACCGGCUCGGCGCUACCAACUCUUCCUGAGGCUCCCCAAUCGCUUUCGCAAAGACAAGACACCGACGCAUCCUCGGAGAAGACGCAGACUCCCGGUGUGACACCUGCACUCUCACUCAAGGAUCAGGAUUCUGUGCUUACACUCAGCGCUGUGCGCGUUGAGAGCGGGCGGCCUAACCUCAAAGUGCUCAUCGGUGAUGAAGUGGCUACGACGAGCAGGCGGCUCUCAGUGAGCGUGUGCGGUUCUGAUACUAUUGCUCGUGCCACGCGCGAGGCGGUGCGGUUCCCCGUUUCAGGGCCGUUGAGUGUUUUGAAUGGCGGUCCGAGCGUCUCUCUGCAUGUCGAGUCGUUCGGCUACGCGUGAUUUUCGGUGUGUUAUGACUACCAGUUUGAUAGAUUACUUCGCCCCUUCCGCUGUUGAAUAACCCGGUUUCCGAGCGCUGGCUUCUUGAUAUUAUCGGACUUAGUUGCAUUUCUUAUUCUCCAUGUAUUCUUACUCCUUAACGACCAC